AUGAUUCAUUUAAACAAAACAAAAUAUUAUGAAUUAAAUAUUCAAAUGAACAAAAAUUUAAUUUGGAAAAAAUGUUUUAUUUGGACAUUACGUUUAUUAACAUUAAUUAUUUUAUAUACAAUGAUUUGUAUGAUCGCUUUUAUUGAAUUUCAUAGUGAUCAUCGACCAAUGAAUGAAACAUUUUCAAUGAUUGAUUUUGGUUUCAAAAUAACACAAAAACUUCAUGAUUAUUUAGAAAAUCAUCAAAUUCUUCAUCAUUGGUUGGCUUUUCUUAAUACAAUUGGUGUUGAUUUUCUUUUAAUAUAUACAAUAUUUGUUAUUGGAUAUUGGCAACGACGACCAGGUAUUGUUAUUGUAGAAGCAUUUAUAUUUCUUUUUCGACUUCUUUGUGGAUUAUUAACACAAUUACCUUAUUCAAAUGAAUAUCUUUCAAGUGAACAUGAUUUUCCUGAUUGUUUAACAAAUCAAUUAGGUCAUUCAACAAAAUUUCUUAAUCAACGAGAACAUUCAAGUUUCUUCGNUAUCAUUGAUGAACAUCAAAUGAUACACUUCAUUGUUUUCCCCAUAAAAUAUCAAAAAGAUAUUUAA